CUCCUGCCCCAACCCCACCCCCCACCCCUCCGAUUCGCUCCGGCUCCCCGUCCCACGGCCGCCGCCGCGCCCGCGCCGCACCACCGCGCGCGUACAGCGCCGGGAAUCCGCCGGCUCCGAGCGUCCCCCUCCGCGACCCCCGGAGCGGCCGCCUCGAGCUCCGGAACCCUAGGGCCUCUCCCCCACCCGGUCCGCCUCUCCGGCGAGAUGCCGCUGGGCCCCACCGCCUGCCCCGACGCAGCCGAUGGAGAGGAGGGGUAACUUCCUCCGCCCCCCGGCCCCCGACGACGCCGCGGCCGCCGGCAGGAGCAACACGUUCCCCGCCGCCGGGGACACGGGCCACACCAACCUCACCUCCUCCUCGGGCUCCUCCUCCUCCUCCACCGUCACGGGCGACCCUCUCGACUUCCUGGGCCAGAUCCAUGCGGCCUGCAAGCGCCAGAGGCCUCUCGGUACAACACAGCGUGCAACUCGUAUCCUGUUGCCUCGAGGUGAGGGGCCAGCAAAAGCUGGUACCAGCCCUUCUGUUAGAGAGAGUUCUGGAGGAAUGGCUAUGCAGAAGCAGAGAGGCGUGCUGGCGGCCUCCAGGUUGCAAAAGGUGUCACCUGAUCAAAAGGAUGUUAACGCUGGUGCAGGAGUACUGGCAUCAAAUCAAAACGACAUGUUGACUACACCUUCCAUGUUGAGUACUAUCACAGAUGGCCAUAAUCAGAUUGCUGGUCAAAACGACCAGCAGAAGAAUGAAAUGGAUGUGUUUGUGGACAGGAAUAAGUCGUCGUUAGAUGUUUCUUCAUCUCGGAUCACAUCUCGAAAUGCAUCAGUGGCCGUCGGUUUCAAGAAAGAUCAGUUUUAUUCAGUUGGCGAUUCACACUUAACUUCUCAGGGUGAGAAUGUAGGAGUAACCACUGACAGUAGAAUGGACAGUAUGUUGUCUUAUCUGCAUUCUGUUUCAUUGUCAGCAGGAGAUAAUUAUCAUGUGGCUCAAGCAGCACAUGAUCAAGGCGGGAAACAUCAGAAGCUUGAGCUAGCUGGUGCACCAGUUGAGAUGGAUGUCAAGUAUGAUGCAGCAAAUUUGCCUCAAAAAGGGACUGAAGAAGCUUGUAAUCAGAAUCAUGGAGAGCCAAUGACCCGUUGCUCUGUCGUUGGUUCUUCUGUUACUGCUGUAUCACUACAUUCAGGGCAAAAUACACGAGUUCCUCAGAGUAGCCGAUAUGCUUCGCCAAUGCAGAUGCCUGAAUGUACAGUGGAAUCAUCUGCAGCUAUACCAGGUAGUGUCCCUCCCAAACAGCAAGAAGCUGCAAUGCCAUCAAGUGUUGGUGAUUGGAAUCCUAAAAACCAUCAGGUUCCUAAUACAACGGACAAAGCUGCCCCUGGCAAUGGAGGUUUGCCAUCCCAAGGCCAAGGGUUAUCUGCUAAUGAACAAUCUACGUCUGCCAAGGAUGGGGGUACUUCGCAAGCAAACAGGGAUCAGAAGGAGCGCCGAAAAAAGGGUUAUGAUCCUGAACAUUUCUUUAAGGUGAACGGGAAACUUUAUCAGAAACUUGGUAAAAUAGGUUCUGGUGGCAGCAGUGAAGUUCACAAAGUUAUAUCAAUGGAACGUGCAAUAUACGCCCUGAAAAAGAUAAAGCUUAAAGGUCGUGACUACCCGACGGCAUAUGGCUUUUGCCAAGAAAUCGGUUACCUAAAUAAGCUGAAAGGAAAGAGUAACAUCAUACAGCUAAUUGAUUACGAGGUCACUGAUAAAAAUUUACUUAAAGAAGGCCCUAUCUCACCUCGGGAUGGAAAAAUUAAGGAUGAUCAAUACAUUUACAUGGUCCUUGAGUUUGGCGAAAUUGAUUUAGCACAUAUGGUUGCUCAGAAGUGGAAGGAGAGGAACAACUCAAAUAUGAAAAUAGAUGAAAAUUGGCUGCGGUUUUAUUGGCAGCAAAUGCUUGAAGCAGUCAAUACAAUACAUGAGGAACGGAUAGUGCAUUCCGAUCUGAAGCCUGCAAAUUUUAUGCUUGUGAAGGGAUCACUGAAGCUAAUAGACUUUGGCAUUGCCAAAGCUAUAAUGAAUGAUACGACAAACAUUCAGCGUGAUUCUCAGGUAGGAACACUUAACUACAUGUCACCCGAAGCAUUGCUAUGUAAUGAGCAAGAUUCAAGUGGUAACGUUUUCAAGUGUGGUCGGCCAACUGAUAUCUGGUCUCUUGGAUGUAUUCUUUAUCAGAUGGUGUAUGGUAAGACACCAUUUGCAGACUACACGACUUUCUGGACCAAAUUCAAAGCUGUUACCGAUAGGAACCACAAGAUCAGUUAUGAACCGGUCGACAACCCAUGGCUUAUUGAUCUCAUGCAAAGGUGCCUGGCCUGGGACCGAGAUGAACGGUGGAGAAUACCUCAGUUGCUUCAGCACCCGUUUCUUGUCCCUCUCGUGCCACGGGAUUUGCCUCCCAUCAACCCUGAUCCUGAUCCGUGCAGCAUGCUGAUGGACCAGCUCAGACCACACUGGGACAAUCCCGAGGUUGCCAGACUUUGCUCCGAGCUUCGAGACGUGAUUGCAAAGUGUGAGGAGGAUCAAAGCAGUCAAAGCACUAGAAGGUAACACAGCAUAGCGUUGACGGCAUGUCGAGGUGUGGCGCGCAUGUUACAGCUCAGCGUGCGCCAUCUUCUCCUUGAGAUCAAACAUCAAUUCCAACGGUUCGAUAGACAGCUACUGAGGCACUGCAGGUGUUGGACAAGAUUCGCGGCUGACCGUCACCGAUUUUUAUGGCUCAUUGUGUUGUCACGGAAGUUCAGCACUUCAUUGAGGAAUUCCAUGUAUGUGUCGUGCUGAGGUCGUCGUUGGUGUAUGUAUGCCCUCCUCUUCGGCUUAUUUUGUUUGUUCCUAGAACAACCGGUAAUCGGGCUGACCGUUUGUGACACGAGGUUUCCUUGGUAGGAUUCUUCUUCCUGUUAGAUGAGGAACUAGGCAGGUGGUGCUUUAGUCUCCCUUUUGUCUGUUUGUUCCUGAAUUUAGGUGACAGCGUCUGUUGUAAUCUGUAUGUAAAUAGCACCUGCAUGAUGAUGAGUUGGGGUCGCAGGGAGAGGGAGGCGUUGUUUGGGUAGUGGGGUGGGCAUUCUUGGUGCCCGGGUGUUAGGAGGAAGUUGAUGCAAACAAUGCCAUGGCAGGACUCACUCACUGAUGUUAGAAUUGAAGGUAUUUAGCUGUAUGUUGUUGGGCGCAGGAAGCAUCUUCCCUAGCCGCGUUUGAUGAUGAUC